AUGAACAAGAUUCAUCUCUACCCACAGUUUCCACCACUACCAGUGGCACGCCUCGCCGGAUUCGGAGGAUACUACGGUGCCCUCGUCAAUCCAGGCCGAAACGUUAACAACCAACGUCAUAAUCUCUACGAAGAGAUUCCAUGUAUGGGCGUACUCGCCGAAGCCAUCAGACAGUCACUGUCUAACGCAGGCCCAGGUAGGUAUCAGUCCAACGUGACCUUCAACGGACAGCAACCCAAUCGAAAUCUGCUAGGAUUUCGACCGCUGGGCCAUCGAAGACCCGAACCCAAGAAUCUUGCCUUUGAACAAGGCAUUACUGAUUUGGAGUUCCCGAGUUAUCCAAAUAACUACGCGUUUAACAUUGAUUUGUUAAUCGAAAUCUCUAAUGUUUUAGCGAAAACUAAGACAUUCAAGAAUACCGAUACGGUGUUCUCCACUCUUACUGAGGUAGGAGCCCAAUCUCAAAUCAUAUUUGAGAUUCCACAGCUAACCGCUGAUAAUGCUGAGCAAUCGGCAUUGCUAGGCGAAUUGGCACCAAGAUGUCUAAACAAAGAGUCAGAAUCAAUCUUUGGCUCAGGCGUCUUCUUUGCACAGCAACUGAUGAAAGUUUCUGUUGCAAAUGAACACCGAUCAUGGUCGAUGUUCAACGUUAUCCCACAAGAGUGGGUCGACAACAGGAAUGAUCGGAGAGAUCUUCCUCAGCCAUUCCACUUCAACGGAUUCUGUUCCGUUUCACAAAUGGCUUCAACGUUCAGAAAGAACGUCAUAAAAACUAUAGUAACUACAAAACGAUAG